AGUGAAGAAGCACACAAUUAGCUUAUUGUUCCUUUCUGUAUUGUGCUGAGACGUUCUAAGAGAUUGGUGGAGGAACAGACAAGCCAGGCAUCACUGUGGAGUUGAAGAAGGGAUUCACUCAGACCUCGGCAUCUUCACUUGCUCGCUCUGGAAUUACAGCUAUUUAUUACGAAGUGCCCUGUGUGGCUGGGUGGAGUGUGCCUGAGGAAACACAUCCCAGACACCACCUGGGGUUAGUCUUUCUGAGCCCUUCCAGUCUCUGACUAAUUCUCGUCAUUAUCAUGGAGCCCAACAGUCCCAAAAAGAUACAAUUUGCUGUGCCUUUAUUCCAGAGUCAGAUUGCACCUGAAGCAGCAGAGCAGAUCAGAAAAAGAAGACCUACACCAGCAUCGCUUGUGAUUCUCAACGAACAUAAUCCCCCAGAAAUAGAUGACAAGAGGGUGACCAACACCCAAGCCGAAUCACAAAAUGCAUCCCCAAAGCAAAGGAAGCAGAGCGUGUACACACCACCGGCCAUGAAAGGAACUGCAGACAAGCAGCAAAGAAGAAAAGAAGAGACAGGAAUAGACAGAAAGCAACAGCAUUAAGAGAGAAUGGGAUCAGAAGAGAAAAGGGGUAUCUUUGUAUGCCUAUAUGACAGUCAACAGAACAAAAUUGUUUUAGUUAGAAAUAUACACACAUAUGUACGUAUGUAUUUAACAGCAUUAGCAUUGUAACCAAUUAUAUUUUCUGUCUUUAAAACUUCUCCUUAGAAGAUCAUCUAAAAAUUGGUGAUGAUUUUUUUUUUUUUUUGGUUUGUUGUGGUGGUAGUUUUUUCCCUUAAGAUUUGAAAGUCUUUCCAAGAAAAACGUCUUCUUACAAAUCACUAAUUGGAUAAUUUACUCUAUCAUAGCAUGCAGGCUUUGUGGCUAUUAAGUUGCAUACCAGAUUUUUCCCUUUACAGAGAUUUAUGUGACAUGGUAUGAAAUUCUCUGGAACAUUUCCACGGUGUUCUGGAAUAGUUUGUU